GGUUCGAUGGGCUCUUCUUCUCAGGAAGAGACCCGAUCCCUCAUCAAAAUCUUCGGCUAUCGGCUUGGGUAGGGUUCUUGAUUUCUCGUCUCUCCAUCUCCACCGCCUUCCGAUACCCGAAGCUCGUCCCUCAUCGCCGGUCGCUGGUCGCCGGUCCAAGCAACGCGAAGUCCGUCCUCCUAUCGUCGGCCGACUGCGGUUCCAUUGAGGAGCAUUAAACUGCCCGUUUAUAAUAACUAUUUGAGGUGAAAGAUGGCUGGAGUAGCUGAGGUUCAGAAUAGGCAAGCGAGACCUGUGCCACCUGCUCAGCCCAGGGGCCCUCCCCCACCUGCUCGCCCUCGUUUUGAGCCUGUUGACCGUGAGAAGACUUGCCCACUUUUGCUUCGAGUUUUCACUAAGAUUGGCGGCCAUCAUCCCAAUGAAGACUUUGCUGUGAGAGGAAAGGAGCCAAAAGAUGAGGUUCAGAUAUAUACAUGGAAGGAUGCAUCGCUGCGCGAACUCACUGACCUCGUCAAAGAGGUUGUUCCUGCAGCAAGGAAAAGAGAUUCAAAGCUCUCAUUUGCAUUUGUAUAUCCUGACAAGAAUGGUCGUUUUGUUGUGAGGCCGGUGGGGAUGACCUAUUCAUAUGGAAAUGGGAGACGAAUGGAUGAUGUGAAGACACUAGCAGAACUGAGCUUUCAGAUUGGAGACUACUUGAGUGUUGCGAUCCUCUAGAGAUGGGCAUAAUCAAAGAGUGGAAAUAUCUGCUGAUGGUAAGGCAUGGUUUGUUCCAGAUGACAACUGUUUUGUAUGAAUUGCUGGCAAGGACCAUAUAUGUUAUUAGUCUGAACGAGCACACCAGACUGAUUAAUCUAGCAUGUUAAAUUUGUUUUUAAACUAAAAAAGUAUUUUACAAGUGUUUGGCUUUUUAAGUAAUCUUGUGUUA